CUAGACUGGAUGUUCCAUUUGAUCUCGUGUAUGGUGGGCUGUGUUUGUGUACCGUUCCUCCAACGUGUAGGGCCAGUGGUCAACACCGGUACAAUGAUUGGGCGGAUGAUGGUCCAUUUAAACUAAUAUAUAUUAAUAACUGCUAUAUCUUUAGUCAUUGAUUAAACUCGCUAUAGUAGCUUCAAGUUAAAUAAGAGGGUGCCGAAAUUUACUCCUUUUCCCUCUUUUGAAUAUGGAUAACUGUCAGAUUAACUUACAUAAAUUGAAAAAGUCAGGAAACUAAUUAAUACAAAAACUAUAUGUACCAGUACACUAUAUUCUAAUAAAAUAAUAAUCUUAAGCUCACUACAGGAAAAAUAAAUACAUAAGCUAUAGAUUUAAGCAAGUAUUAACCCUAGUACUUGAUUACAUUCGAAUACCCGAACAACCAGUUUAGUAUUUUAUCAAGGUAAUAGACUGCGCUGCUUACAAUUGUACCAAGCUAGUUAAUGAUACAAAAGAAUUACUAACGGUGGUUUUCGCGGUCUGUUAAUGCGGUUCUUAGUCGUUAUUACCUUUAUUUAAAAUAAUUUAUUAUGAAGUUUUACAAUGGUGUCAACAAGAAGUGUGAAACAUAAAUUUAGCGAGGGAGAAAAAGUACUGUGUUAUGAACCUGAUCCUGCUAAAACAAAAGUUUUAUAUAAUUCAAAGGUUUUGGGCAUUGGUGAGAAGAAGGAUGAAAGUGGAAAGAAAGUUGUCCAUUUUUUAAUUCAUUUUCAGGGUUGGAAUUCGACUUGGGAUCGAUUUGUGACUGAAGACUAUAUAUUAAAAGACACGGAGGAAAACCGAAAAUUGCAGAAAGAGCUUGCUGAAAAGGCUCAACUUACAUCUUUUUGUGUUGUCAGUGGCGGUAAUCUUUAUCGCCGAGGACGUAAGAGAAGAACCCUAAGCAGAACGGGCUCUGACAAUGAGAAACGAGGUGGUGAAAGUGAUAGUGAAGGAGAGGCCGGGGGCGGAGUCCAAACAACAUUCAGCCCUGGUCUUCAAGCCCUUUUGGAUACUGAUCACUCGCUUAUUAACAACAGCAAUAAGUUAGUGAAGUUACCUGCUUCUCCAAAUGCUGUAGAAAUACUUGAGGCUUACAUGAAAGAUUUUACAAUAAAUCAAAUUAGACUUUUAUGUCAUAAGAGAGGCCACCUAAGGCCUACUGCUGGAAAGAAUGCCCAUAUGACAGUUGCUGAAAUAUUUAUUAGAGCUAAUCUUUGUCGUGAAGUUGCUGAUGGUUUGAGAGUUUAUAUUGAUUUUAUGACAGAACUUUCACUUCUCUAUCCUCAGGAACGUUCUCAGUUUAAUGAUUUUACAACUAAAACUUUAUCUCUUAAACCGAUCAAGAAAGAAGAAAAAAAUGAAACUAAGGAGGAGCCUAAAGAUGAACCAGAAGUUAAACAUAAUUCUCCUGUUAGAGAAACUGAUCGGAAAAAAUCACUUAGAUCUCAUACUGAGACAAAUGUAGCCACUACAUUAAACAACACCCCCUUAGCUGGUGUAAAUAAUUCUAUCCCGCUCAAUAAAGCAGAUGCAUCUCAAAAAUCUGAUAGCAUGCCUCAAGUAAAAGCAGAAAAUCAUGUAUCUCAAACAAAACAAGAUGGACAUGCAUCACAAAACAAGUUAGAUGGCGUAUCUGUCGAUUUAGCAUCUUUCCUUGGCCAUGAUGUGGUGAAAGGUGGAGAGAAUUUGGUAUUGAGGCCAAUGUCCCAAAGAGAAAGGGACCUUCUUAAGAAGUUAGUCAACAGAAAAUUAGUACCUGAUUGGUUUUUAAAACAGCAAGGUUCAGAAGGUAAUCCGAUCGCUCCUUGCCUCGUGUAUGGUGCUGUUCACCUGGCAAGAGCUUUAGUAAAAAUACCAGAAAUAUUUCCUCAUGCAGAGCAUAGUGAAUCAAAAAUGAAUUCAAUUACUGAAUACUUAAAUGGAUUUACUAAGUUUCUUGAAGACCAUCCUGAGUGGUUUGCUGAUAAUCAGUACUGUGAUAACACCUAUUCGCAAGUAAUCGAUAAUGCUGUAAUGAAAAUGGAAAUCAGUUGAGUCACCAAGUUCAGAUACAGUAAGAAGCUGUAAAUCAAAUUUUUCAAUUAUGGAAUUAAUUUACAGUUUGUAAUGUUACAAUUUAAUUAUUAAUUGUAUAUUAAAUGUGGUCAUUGAUUAUCUAUUUUUACUAUAUGGAUUGUUUGUCUUUCAUAAGAAAAAAAAACUGAAAGAACCAGCAAUUUCAAAUUUAUUUCAAUACUUUCAUUCUGUCUCUCGUCAACUUUGAAGUCUAUACAUUACUACUUUUAAUUUAUUUCUUUGAAAUAAACUGUACACUUUUAAACAGUACCUCUUAGAUUUGUUGUAUAAUGUAGAUAAUUAUUUCAAUGUUAUGAUACUGUAUAUAAUUCAUGAUUUCUAAUGUAAAUAUAUUUAGUUCAUUACUGUUACUAUUGAUACUUCUUUUUUAUUAUCAUGUUUCUGCUAUAAAUGUUUAUAUACUUUUAAAUAUUAGAUUUUACUAAUUUGUAACUCCUUCCUGGAUUAUAAUUUUUACAUGAUAUGAGUUAUUUUCUAAACUUAAUAAGUAGUUUUCAUUGAAACAAUGGUUACCUUUUUUAAUGUUAAAUAUUAAGCUAUUGGCCAUCAUUAUCUUGUUGUUAGUUCAUUAUUAUCUUGAAAACAACCCGUGUAAGUGUUUUGUUAUAAAUUGAUCUCGUGUAAAUAAAGUUAAUGAUAUUUGUUGUGAAUGUUAUUUAAAUAAAAAAAAAUUUAAAAAUUUUUCUUUCCGUCUUGCUCACCUUGCUUGACCUAUUCAAUCUUGGUCAUUGGGAAAUUAUUUUUGUGAAUAUCACAAUUAAUUAAAUGAAAAAGAUUUGUCUGUAGUUCAUAAAAU